UCGCGUUUACGGUUUACCACCCGCAAGCGGCGACUCACAACGGAACACGGUUUUAUACCGCACUCCGCAAACCGUAUUAAUUGCGAUUUUCAUGUUUGUAACAGAUAUUCAAGAGUUUAAUUGAUUUUGCAAUUUAUGAUUUUCAAUAUCAUUAAUUAAUCACGUUGGGUCGAUAUUAGAUACAGUAGAUUAUUUUCACAUCCAGUCGAACAAUAACGCAACAGUCGAAACAUGGACAGGAUUAUUGAGAUAUCGUCAGUGUUUGUUGAUCUAUUUAAUAGCUCGGCCGGCAACCAAGCUACCGCUGACGAAUCUGAUUUGUCGAUUCCCGUACAACUUCAGGAGAUAACCGAAGAUUAUAUACAAAAAAUCUUGACUGCGUGCUGUAGUCAACAAGCUGCUGGAAUCCAGGGAUUUCAGAGCGGGUCAGUUGUCGGUUCAUCAGGAUUGCGGGUUAAUGAGUUUAAGCCUAAUCUUGACUGGUUCAAUUGUACAAAACCUUUAUUAUUCAAUAAAGAUUUAAAAGGCAAACUUGUUCUACUUGAUUUCUUCACAUAUUGUUGUGUAAAUUGUUUGCAUAUACUACCUGUUCUACAUAGCUUACAACAACGUUUUACAUGUGAAGAUGGAUUAGUAAUUAUUGGUGUGCAUAGUGCAAAAUUUCCAAAUGAGCAACAAUCUGUGAAUGUACAUCAUGCUAUUGAGAAAUAUUCAAUUGAACAUUGUGUUGUAAAUGACACAGAUGGUACAAUGUGGAAUGAUUUAGCUGUAUGCUGUUGGCCUACUUUAGUGCUCAUUGGACCUAAUGGUGAACCCAUGCUAGUAGUUCAAGGUGAAGAAUUUCAUUCACAACUAUUACCUACAUUUAUUGAAACAGCCUUACAAAUUCUCCGCCAAGCAUCUAUGAUAAGCUCACAUGACAUACCAGAAAUUGUUCCUGGUCGUACAACUUUACAGUCUCUAACUUCAGGUAAACAGUCAUCUGUUACAAAACAACAUCUCCUAUAUCCCGGUAAGGUGUUUGCUUACACAAAAAAAUUGAAGAAAAGGAAGAAUAAUAGCGAUGAAACAUUAAACAAUUCUAAUUUAAAUUACCGACGUCAUGGUAAAAUAUUAAUAGCUAUUGCUGAUAGUGGUCACCAUAGAAUAGUGGUUUGUACACUUCAAGGACGCGUUAAGCAUGUAAUUGGUGGUGGUGGAAUUGGUCAUUUACCAUCAACUACUAAAAAAGGAUUUAAAGAUGGAAAUUUCAGAGAAGCAUUAUUUCAUAGCCCUCAAGGCAUAUGUUUCCAGAAUUCUCAUAUUCUGUUUGUGUGUGACACAGAAAAUCAUGCUAUUCGUAUGAUUGAUUUAAAAGAAAAAACUGUUAAAACUGUUGCUGGAAAUGGUAAAAAAGGCCGUGAUAAAUAUGGAGGCCAAAUGUGGAAUUCUCAAGUACUAAAUACCCCUUGGGAUGUAGUAUAUUACAAACGCAAAGCACGACCUCAAUAUCAACAGCAAUACACACCACAGCCAUAUACACCAAAUCAAAACUUUCAACAACUUCAACCAUCUCCUGCUGUACCAACACCAUCUCCAGUACGCUGUUUAUUAAUUGCUAUGGCUGGUUUGCAUCAAAUAUGGGCCCUUUAUUUAGAUAAGACAAGUACUAGUACGUGCUCAAGCAUGAAAUCAAAGUGGUGUUCCAAGGGAUUAUGUACUAUGGUAGCAGGAACAGGCAAAGAAGAAAAUAGAAACAAUUCUUACAAUGGUCAACGUGCUUCUUUUGCCCAACCCUCCGGGUUGUGUUUAACUAAGCCAUCAUCUCGUGGAUCUGGAUCAAAUGGAUCUGAUCCUUCUUUAUAUAUUGCUGAUAGUGAAAGUUCAUCAGUCAGACGAAUGUAUUUGGAUUCAAUGGGAAAGUUUAGAGUACUAAAUGUAGCUGGAGGAAGUCCUGAUCCAACUGAUCUUUUUAGCUAUGGUGACAUUGAUGGUGGAGCUGGUGCCAAUUCACGUUUACAACAUCCUAUGGAUGUUGCAUGGAAUUAUAAACGAAACAUUCUGUAUGUAGCAGAUUCAUACAAUCAUAAAAUUAAAUAUGUUACUGGGUUGUCAGACAGUCAUAAACAAAAUCAUUAUAAUAACGGUGGUGGCAACACAACAACUGGGGGCAUUCCUGGCUCUACAGGUGGUUCUGUACAUACAUUACCAUUGCCUGUUAAGUUGAAUGAACCUAAUGGAUUACAUUUUAUUGAAAAUCCUCAAGAUGGAUCCAGUCUAUUAUUGAUUGCUGAUACAAACAAUCAUGCUAUUUGGGUUUAUAACUUUGAUACUUAUGUUAUUAAAAAGCUACAAUUGGAAUUCCCAAAAAUUCUAGAAUCAACACCAUCAAAUGUAGUUGGAACAGCACAAAUUAGAUUAAAUAGACGAACUGGUGGGCAACUUAUGUUACGCGGACGAGUUAUCCUAGGAUCCAAUUCUGGAAAUGAAAUAUCUCAAACUAUAGAAGAACCACACUUAAAUUGGACUCUUCAAUUGCCAGAUUCAACGUGGGAGUCAAAAGAAAUUAAAUCAAACACCUCCAUACCAGCUGUAAUAGGUGCAGCGGCUGAUUUCAAGUACUUAAUUCGUAUACCAAAACAAGAAUGGGAAGAAGAUAAAACUGAUGAAAAUACUGAAAAUGCAACAUCUAGAGAUGGGAAUAGGCGGUGGAAUGAUAAAUAUAAUCCAGACUUUGAAAACGAAUCUGAUGAAGAUUCAGAAGAUGAAUCUGAUGAUGAAGAGGAAAUUGUUAUAUUAAGAUGUCAAACAAGUGUUUGCCAAGAUGACGAUAAAUGUGUUCCUGUAGAAUUUGAUUUUGUGGUGCGUGUUCGAUAUGGUGAUGAAGAAAAUACUCCUCAAGCAGCUGAUACUUAUUUCCCUUAUACUUUACCAUAUAAUAAUGGCAAAAAAUUAAUAAAUAAAGCAUCUUCUGAGAUUGAUUCUCCUGCUUCAACAUACUGUGUUGACUCUUCGAUGGAAUCGACAAAUAAUAUGUCUGCACCAACAACUCUUACUUCUAAUAAUUAAUAAUCUUUUCAAUUUAAUAAAUAUUAUUUUCACAAUUUUUGUCUUAACUAAAAAAUAAUAAUUACUUCACAAAUAAUUUUUCGAAUCUGUAACCCAAAUUUAAUGUAACCAUUUUAAUGUGUGUUUCUAAUUAUAAUAUGAUAUAUUAUAUAUUAUUCUUUGUUGGAUAAAUAUCUUGAGCUUUGUAUUUACCGUGAUAUGCAUAGCAUUGAAUUAUUGUAUAAGUUGCGAUGUAUUCAUGAUAUAUUUAGUUAU